AGUCUUAUCGUUCCUAUUAUCGCACUUCACAGUUUAGUAGCACUCACAGUGAAUGGCUUCUGCAGCUGAGCAUGAACAUCAUCACCACCACCAUGAUGACGAGCCUGAACAUGAUCAUCAUCAUCACCACCACGAAGAUGGAGAUGCAGGUUCAAAAUCUUGGGUAGGUUCAGAUGGGAAGGUGUACCACAGCCACGAUGGUCUAGCACCGCAUUCUCACGAACCCAUAUACUCACCAGGUUACUUCAGGAGAAGAGCUCAACCCCUUCUCAACAGGGAUUUCAAUGAAAGAGCUUUCACUGUUGGUAUUGGUGGACCAGUGGGUACUGGGAAAACAGCUUUAAUGUUGGCCCUUUGUGAAUAUUUGCGGGAUAAGUACAGUCUCGCAGCUGUGACAAAUGAUAUAUUCACUAAAGAAGAUGGUGAGUUCUUGGUGAAACACAAUGCACUUCCAGAGGAAAGGAUACGUGCUGUAGAAACUGGGGGCUGUCCGCAUGCUGCAAUUCGGGAGGACAUCAGUAUUAAUCUUGGGCCGCUGGAGGAGCUUUCAAACUUGUUCAAAGCAGACAUACUUCUUUGUGAAUCUGGGGGAGAUAACCUGGCCGCCAAUUUCAGCAGGGAACUGGCUGACUAUAUCAUUUACAUAAUAGAUGUAUCCGGUGGUGAUAAAAUUCCUCGAAAAGGUGGUCCUGGAAUCACACAAGCUGAUCUCCUUGUGAUAAACAAGACUGAUCUUGCACAAGCAGUUGGGGCUGACUUGGCAGUCAUGCAGCGGGAUGCUCUUCGCAUGAGAGAUGGGGGGCCAUUUGUCUUUGCGCAGGUGAAGCAUAAGAUUGGGGUAGAGGAAAUUGUGAAUCAUGUCUUACAGGCAUGGGAAGCAGCAACAAAGACGAAACGUCAUUGAUAUUUCUUCGAAAAAUGUUCUCCUCUUAUGUUGGGUCCUUUCGGCUUUCAUGCACGUUACAGUAAUAACUUAGGAAACAUGAUCUUCACUACUUGGACCUGGCCCCUUAUGUUGUAUCUAUUCGUGCAUGUCACUUUUAACUUCAGAAACAUGAUGUUCGUAUUUGGAGCAGACCAUUAUGUUGUGUCUAUUCGUGCAUGUUACAUUAACAACUUCAGAAACAUGUUAUUAGUUAAUCCAAUAAAAUUGUGAUAUGGUUGAAAGAAAG